GCAAAAGGCGACGAAGAAUGGGUCUGUGUUCCUGCAGCCGCAUCAUGGUUGUGUUCGGCCUCCUGUGGCCCGUGUACGUCUCGUUCAAGACCAUCAACGGGAGAAACGGACACAAGACGGUCGUCGCACUCAAGUACUGGCUCAGCAUCGGCUCCUACUUCCUGCUGGACUGUGUGGCCGAGACGCUGUUCGACACCAACGGCCACUUCGCGCACUUCGUCUGUGGCCUCCGGCUGGCCGCCUUCGUCUGGGUGCUGGUACAAGCGCCGGAAGACGUUUAUGAAACCUUUCUUCGACCUCAACUGAAAGCGUGGGAGUCCAGCGUCGACAAAUUGUUGGCGAAAUUGAACUUCACGAUAGGGAUGUGAAGUAUACACCGAAACGAUCAGCAGUUAGUGAAACCACG